AUGAUAGACCAUGUGCUCGGCCGUCCUUCAGUCAAGUUCCGCAAGUACCAAGUGCUGCUCGUCCUCGCAUUCUGGUCAACCUAUUUCUACAAGGGAAACCCUCACGGUCCGCCCUAUAUUCGACGAGUCUCAAAAUAUAUGUCCAAGCGGCUAACAGCAUGGCGAACCGUCCUCAUCACCCUCCUAACACUGUACGUGUCUCGCAACUUCGCGAAACUGACCGGCCUUGAGUCCCCUGAACCUCUGGCGAAUCUGUAUAAUCGUGCCUACUUCCGUGCCACAUGGGUGACCACCGCACUGGACGCCGGCUUCUGGACCGCGAUGAAUAUCAAGCCAAAGUGGCUCCGUGAUAUCUGCAGCAUGAUAUUCAGUAUAUACUAUUUGAUUGUCGCAGAGCAAGCGGACGAGAAGGUCAGGAGAGUCCGAGGAGUCCUUACUGUCGAUCACCUUAGAGUGAGCUGGAAUAAAGGGACGACGCCGUAUUUGAGCUUCUUAAACAGUCUUUUGAGGCCACGUCUAAUGCGAUAUAAACCGCGAGCCAUAAGGAUACCGAGACCGAGGGGAAGCUCAUAUCAGGAGUCUGUCGAUGCGUGGUUGUAUUUUGACGGACCCAUUUCCGAGUUGAAGAAUCAGACGAAGGUUGUGCUUGACAUACCAGGUGGGGGCUUUGUGGCCAUGACCCCUAGGAAUCAUGAUGACAGACUGCUGGCAUGGGCAGGUAAGACAGGGUUGCCUGUGCUUAGCUUAAAUUACAAGAAGGCGCCUGAAUAUCCUUAUCCGUACGCGCUGAACGAGUGUUUUGAUGUGUACCGAACGAUAACAGCGUCGCGAGGGCGAUGUAUUGGGAUGAGCGGGUACCAAGUACCGAAAGUGAUACUCACGGGUGAUAGCGCGGGAGGCAACUUGGCUGUAGGCACCAUGAUCAUGAUUCUGCAAAGUGGUAGCUCUGGAUCGCGGAGAUGGCUCGGAGAGAAAGAGCUGCCAACGCCGGAAGGCUUGAUUCUAAUGUACCCAGCGCUGGACAUGAAUAUCGGAUCUUGGAUGACGGAUGAACAGAUGGCCCUAAUUCGUGAUAGACGAACGCGCAAAACUAACGAAGGCGUGCUGAGGCAGAAGAGCGAAGACUACAAGAAACUGACUCCAAGCACGCCUUACCACUCCGACGAGGACAUCGAUGACAUAUCCUCUCCACUGCAGAAGUCAAACGGCUGGGCCACCAAAGAUAAUGGAAGCGUCGUGACAGUGAUUCACGACAAGCCGUCCUCAACACCCUCGAUUGACCAGCACACAAAAUCCCAAACAAGCAAGGGACCAACAACAGAGGAAGCCGCCAUCACUGCGGAAAAGUCCAAGCCACGCCAGCUCAAAACGCGCCUGGCAAUGUCAUCCAUGAUCUCUUACUUCAACGACCGUAUCCUUACUCCGGAAAUGAUGCGUGCAAUGGUCAUCUUGUACGUUGGUCCCCACAACCGACCUGACUUUGCUACCGACUUCCUAUUAUGCCCUCUUCUGGCACCGGAGUCCCUUCUGGCGCGCUUUCCGAAGACCUACUUCCUCACGGGCGAACGCGAUCCACUCGUUGAUGACACAGUCAUUUUCGCAGGCAGACUGCGUCAAGCACAUGCUACUCGUCUGCAGGAACGUAGAGACCUGGGCUUGGACAUCGAUGACCAUGAAUUUAGAGAGGAGGAUUACGUAGAAGUGACGCUCAUUCCGGGUAUUAGUCAUGGAUUCCUACAAUUUGUAGGCGUAUUUCCACAAGGCUGGAAGUAUAUUUGGCAGAUCAGCCGCUGGAUCCAGGAUAUCUUCGAACAUGGUGACGAGCGUGAGGCGCGUCGAUUGCAGCGAGAAGCCUCCAUCAGUCCCGUGAGUGGACGAAGCAAAAGGCACCACAGACGUAGGCGCACGGGAGAUAGUUCUGCGGAUGAGGAUUGGCCACUGGAGAUGACUGUGCUUAGGAAAGAUCAAAAAAUGGGCAAUGGGGCCGAGAGUAGACGGGUGGAAAAGAAACAUUCGAAGAGUCCUGAUAAAGAAAGAAAACGAAGUUUGCUUGAACGGCGAAGGAAGAGUCUAGUUCGUUUGGCCAGCGAGGAUGAUUUACUUGGACGAAGGAUGAAAGGCCUUACCACGAGCUUGCUUAUGGAUGACAGUGGUGAAAUUACGAUGCCGCCAACGCCGUGA